AUGCCACCGACCGCACAAGACAGUGUCGUCUUUCAAGGGAAUGCCCGGACGCCCGGAGCCGCAUGUGGUUCCCUCAGCAUAGCUGAUGUCGAGCUCAGCUUCUGGGGCGGCAUCAACCAGCACACAGGCGAGGUGAUUGACCGGUCCCACCCCCUGAGCGGUCAGAUCAUCAAGGACACUAUUCUGGCUAUCCCUGGCGGAAGGGGUUCGUGCAGUGGCAGUCUGGUCAUGAUGGAGCUUAUGCUCAACAACGUGGGACCCAAGGCCCUCGUGCUCGAGAGACCAGACAGCAUCAUCACGCUAGGGGUGUUGAUGACGGAGGAGUUUUUUGACAAGUCAAUACCGAUCGUCGAACUCGGAUCGCUUGACUUCCAACGUCUCCUCACGCUAGACGACCACACGAUCUGGGUUGACGAUGGACGAGUCUCCAAUUCCCCACUGGAAUCCCAAAAGAACACGACUUGUGCCAGAAACGACCUCGAGACGGCACUUGACUUGUCGCAAUGGGACAAGGACGCAUUGCGUGGUAUCCAUGGCGAGGCCACUAGACAUGCGCUGCGCCUGAUCAUCCGGAUGGCUGAGAUGAUGGGGGCUUCUGAACUCAUCGACGUGACCCAAUGCCACAUUGAUGGCUGUUUCUUCGUCGGCCAAGGCACUGUGGCGUUUGCCGAGAGACUGCGCAACCUGGGCGGCAGGUUCCGCGUCCCAUCCACCAUCAACUCCAUCAGCGUCGACAUGAAGCGUUGGCGGGCCCUCGGCGUCGACGUUGAGUUUGGUGAGAACGCGGAGCGGAUUGCCAACGCACUCGUCGACAUGGGCGCCCUGAAGACGUUUACGUGCGCGCCUUACCUUCUACAGGACACGGCGCCCAGGUUCGGGGACCGUAUCGCCUGGGGUGAAUCGAACGCGGUGCUGUUUGCCAACAGCGUCAUUGGCGCGAGGACGCUGAAGAUACCGGAUGGUCUGGACACGGCGAUUGCCCUGACUGGCAGAGCGCCGAAUGCCGGUGUCUAUCGAGAUGAAAACAGGCUCGCAGAGGUCAUCAUCACACUUCCGUUGAUCACAGACGUGGACGAUUCAUUUUGGCCAGUCAUUGGAUUCGCAGCUGGGGCUGUUGCCAAGAACCGAAUUCCCGUCAUCGCUGGUCUGGAGGGUCUCGCGCCGUCGCUCGAUGACCUGAAGACCUUUGGGGCUGCGUUUGGUACUUCUGCGAGUGCGCCUCUGUUCCACAUUGUCGGUAUCACACCAGAGGCGCCGACCCUCGAAGCUGUCUGUCCCAACAAGCAGUCAUCACGCUGCACGGAAACACCGCUGACAUUGGACAUGAUUCGCAGCACCUGGGAUCACUUCUCCCAUGGGUUGUCACAGCGAAAGGUUGAACUGAUCUCACUUGGGAAUCCGCAUUUUUCAGUCAAGGAGAUUGGGAAGUUCGCUCAGCUCGUGCGCAACCGCGAAAAGCACAAAGAUGUCGCCGUCAUCAUCACCUGUGGGCGUUCUCAUUGGGGACUCGCAGAGCAGGCUGGCUACGUGUCCGAGCUCGAGAGGUUUGGUGUCCAGUUCCUCGUGGACACGUGCUGGUGCUUUGUCGAGGAGCCCGUCAUCCCCCAGCCAGUCAAGACCAUUCUGACCAACUCUGGCAAGUACAUUCACUACGGGCCAGGUCUCACGGGCAGAGAGUUCUGCUUUGGGAGCUUGUCCAUGUGCGCGGAGGUUGCGUGCACGGGGAUCCAUAGCGGUGAGAGGCCGCUCUGGCUGCGAAACACUGGAUCAGGAGAUUCGCCGUAG